UUUUGGAGUUGUUUUUUGUUUUUGUUUUGUAUCUCCCCCCACCUCCCUGCCAGUUUUCUAGGGGAAGAAAACCAAAAUAACCUCUCUGCUAGGAGGGAUGUGGAUGUGGUUGGUCUGGUUUUAAGCAGUGCUAGAAGAUCUAUUUGGAUCCAAACUAGGUUUUUGUGCUGGGUUAAUUCCAGCGUGGGUCAAGUCUUUGGUGCGAGAUGUUCUGUCAGAUCAUGUGCUGCCUUGUCUCUGUGUGGCUGACUUCUGCCUCUGCUGCACAGGACCAUCCAGAAAUCCCCUCUGUGAAAAACAGCAUAUCCAUUGCAGAGAAGGAGGGAGAACAGAUUCUGGGAACUUACACUUGUAUCAAGAAUUACCACCGCAAAGGAAAGAAAUUUUUUGUUUCUGAUGCCAUUGAGGAGUGGAAUGUCUCUCCCGCUGAGUGCCACUUGGGCCACUGUCCUGACCCUGUGUUGGAGAAUGGGUGGUUCAAUUCUUCAGGUCCUGUGAACAUAAGUGACAUAAUCGUGUUUACGUGUAAUGACCCCUACAUCCUCGAGGGCAGCAGCUGGAGCCAGUGCCUGGAGGACCACAGCUGGGCACCUCCCUUUCCCACCUGCAAAAGUAGAGACUGUGGCCCUCCUGAGAAGCCAGCUCAUGGCUACUUUAAAGGAACAAAUUUCACCUCAGGAUCCAUCAUUACUUUUUACUGUGAGAAGCGGUACCGCCUGGUGGGCACACAGGAGCGGCAGUGCCUGGACCGGGCGUGGAGCGGCGCUCCCCCGGCCUGUGAGCUGAUCCCAGGGGCUCCCGCAGCAGUCCCGCGGACCGGGGUUGAGAAAGCAUUUCUUGCCUUUCAGGAAAGUAAGGACCUGUGCAGUGCCACAGAGAACUUUAUGAAAAGAGUAAAAGAAAAUGGCUUAACAAUGGAGGAAAUAAAAUACUCUCUGGAGAUUAAGAGAGCCGAACUGAUGGAAAAAAAAAACAACAACAAAAAAACUUGGCCUAAUGUCAUAACUGAGCAGAAUGGGGAUAAAAAUGCUCUUAUAAGUAAAAUUUCCUUUUAG